GUUUCUGUUUUCCCCGUUCUUUUACUCUGUUUUUGUUUUCACCGUUCUUUUUCUCAUCUUCGGUUUCGCGGCACAUAAUACGGGGAUAACUGAAGAAAAUGAGGAUUGUUGUUUGAAAUUUUUUGUUGUCGUCAUAUUGAAUUUUAGUUUCUAAGUGAGGCAUUUGAGUUAGUUGAUGUUCAUCUUUUGAUUUUUAGGUUUUCAGUGUUUAUGAUUUUCUUUUUUAUACUUUGUCAGAUAUUUAUGUUUGAACUAAAAGUGUUCAAGAUAAGAUCUAUUUGUGUGUGGAUGAUGUAGUAAUUUAAAAAAGAAGAAAGAAAAAGAAAGGCAAGAUUGAAGGUGGAAGACCUUUUCAACCUUGAGGGAAGUUGAUUAAGCUUGGGUCCAUUGAAUUAGCCGAGUGGGGGUGUGGAUGUGUUAGGUUAAUGAUUUUGAAUUUUACAGCUUGGAAUGCGGUUGAACGUGAUGAGGACUUUAAAGCAUGGAGCACUGGACUAGAGGAGUGGAGAGAGGAGUGGAGAGUAGAGUGUCUAUGUGGAGCUAGGGUUAUCCUGAUUAAGUCAUUCAUUGGGGGCCUUGUUUAAAGUUUGAAAGGCCCAUUUUGUCCUGCCUGCCUUCCAGUCCAUCAAGUCAUUACCCUCCGAGUUCAAGUUUGCCAACAAUCCAAACCCUCUGGUUGUGGAAAAACAUGGAGAUGUCAAAUGUAGACACACCAAUCCAAUUUGAUGAAAUGGUUUUGAGAAACAUAUCAGGAUCAUCAUUAAAGGGGUUUCUUGCACCAGAGUUGGGGCAACUCACCCACUUGCAAGAACUAAUUUUGCACGGAAACAAUCUCAUUGGAACAAUACCUAGAGAAUUGGGCGACUUGAAAUAUCUCAGGGUGCUUGAUCUAGGAAUGAAUCAGUUAACAGGACCAAUUCCUCCAGAGUUUGGAAAUCUAACUCAAGUUGUGAAAAUAAUCUUGCAGUCCAACGGGUUGACUGGUAGGCUACCUCCAGAGCUUGAAAACUUGAGAUUCCUUCAAGAACUUCAGCUGGAUAGGAAUAGACUUCAAGGGCCUAUUCCUGCUGGCGAUAGCUCAAAUUUUGCUUCAAAUAUGCAUGGAAUGUAUGUGUCCAAGGAGAAUGUAACUGGCUUCUGUCGUUCGUCUCAGUUGAAAGUAGCAGACUUCUCAUAUAAUUUUUUAGUUGGUAGCAUACCCAAAUGCUUGCAGUAUCUUCCGAGGUUAAGCUUUCAAGGGAAUUGCAUCCAGAGCCAUGAUAUAAAGCAGCGACCUCCUAUACAGUGUGCGGGUGCUUCUCCUGCCAGUGCCAAGAGUCAGCCAGUGGUGAAUCCAAGUCACCAACCUACUGAAUAUGUGUCCAAGCAUCAUGGAGCGUCAAAACCUGUUUGGCUUUUGGCUCUAGAAAUAGUAACUGGGACUAUGGUAGGCUCUCUCUUUCUGGUUGCUGUUCUUGCUGCUUUUCUGAGAUGUAACAAAAAAUCAUCUAUUAUUAUUCCUUGGAAAAAAUAUGGAAGCCAGAAAGAUCAGACGGCAGUAUAUAUAGACCCUGAGAUGUUGAAGGAUGUGAGAAGGUAUAGCAGACAAGAGCUUGAAGUGGCCUGUGAAGACUUCAGCAACAUAAUUGGGUCCUCACCAGACAGUGUGGUUUACAAGGGAACAAUGAAAGGUGGACCUGAGAUUGUUGUGAUUUCCCUCUGCAUCAGGGAGGAGCAUUGGACAGGAUAUCUUGAGCUCUAUUUUCAGAGAGGUGGCAGACUUGGCAAAGUUAAAUCAUGAGAAUAUAGGAAAACUACUUGGUUACUGUAGAGAAGACACUCUAUUUACAAGGAUGUUGGUUUUUGAUUAUGCUUCAAAUGGGACACUCCAUGAUCACCUUCAUUGUUAUGAAGAAGGACGCCAAUUCUCAUGGACACGGUGUAUGAAGAUUGCCAUAGGCAUUGCGCGUGGACUCAAGUAUUUGCAUACCGAAGUGGAGCCUCCAUUUACUAUCUCAGAACUGAAUUCUAGUGCUGUAUACCUUACAGAAGAAUUUUCCCCUAAGCUGGUCGAUUUUGAAAGUUGGAAAACAAUUCUUGAAAGAUCAGAAAAGAAUUCUGGUUUCACUUUUUAUCUUAUGUUUUUUAGUGUAUGACAAGUUUGUUAUUAUUGAUAUGUAGUGUUGUGUUCGUGUGGAAUUGGAAUUUGUGUCCCCCGAGAAUGUUGCAAAAAAGUAGAAAAACUGGAGGUUUGUUGGUCAAGUCAAUGCGACCCUUUCCCUUCUUCAUCCAAUUAACUGCACAAGAGAGAGAAAAAUACAUAUGGUGUUUGAUAUGACAACUAUACCAGCUUUCUUGAUUGUUCUAGGGUGCCUUUAUAUGGUACUGAGACCAAGGCGACCAAAACCAAAGAUUAACUGAGGCUUCUAGCUACCAUUUUGAAUUUUAAUUGAAGGGUUUUCCAUGUUGGCAAGUUUAAGCUUUUGGUGCUACUUCCGCUGUCAUUGAUGAAAGCAAUUUUUCAUUAUGGGGAAGUGGUGAGUGGUUGAUGCUUCUUCCUGCUUAAAGUAUGGCAGCUGGCAUAAUCAAGGUCUGGUUGGAUAAGUGUGCUUCAAAUGUCUUUCAUCUCUUAUAUGUUGUUAAGAGAGUUGGUUUCUAAUUUCAAUCUUUAUUUCUAUAUUGUAAAUUGUUACUUAUUUUAGUGAAAAGGUCAAUCUCUCUUUUGAAGAGAUUAACAAUUAGAAGU